GGGCGCGGAAUCAUGCAGUACGCGGGCGGAGACGUCUACGACGGCGAGUGGAAGGCGGGUAAGAAGGAGGGGCGCGGCGUCUACCGGUUCGCCGACGGCGAAGUCUACGAGGGCGAGUUCAAGGCGGAUGAGUACGAGGGGCGCGGCGUCUUCCGGCACGCCAGCGGCGACGUCUACGACGGCGAGUACAAGGCGGGUAAGCGCGAGGGGCGCGGCGUCUACCGGUUCGCCAACGGCAGCGUCUACGACGGCGAGUUCAAGGCGGGUACGAGGGAGGGGCGCGGCGUCGAGCGGUACGCCGACGGCGCCGUCUACGAGGGCGAGAGGAAGGCGGGUAAGAAGGAUGGGCGCGGC